CCGGCCGCUCGCCCUCCACCCUGCUCCCCUCCCGCUCGCCGUUAGGGAGGCUCCGCGCCUCAGCCACCACCGCCUCCGCUGCUCCCGCCCCCUUCUCCGCGUCUGCCGCCGCCGCUGCCCGGGGUCUCCGGGGGUCGCUACCGGGCUGGCCCUGCGCCACAGCCGUCGCUUCAGCCUCGCGCCGGAGGCCGCCUCGGGAGGAGACCCGCCGGCCGCCGUGUCACUUCGGGCCUCCGUUCUCGCCUUGUCGACGUCGCCAAGGGUUCUGGAGAAGCGGCCGAGGCCGGGGAACGGGGCUUCGCGGUUCCAACGAUUAACUGCUGAAGUACUGAUCGAGUUCUGCGUUUCUUCAAUGAGGAACUACAGGCUGAUCUUCUGCCAUAAUCUCAAACAACCAUAAAUGACAGAAGGAUGCUUGCUCAGUGAGGGUAGCUGGUGCAGAAGCCGUUUUUUAAACUUAGGUGUUUAAGUACUCAAAGAAAAGACAGCUUUGAUCUCUGGCUGCAAAAAGAUAUGAGGAAGAGCUCCUCCCCUUCCUUGAGUAACUGCAACUCCGAUCUUGCUAACAAAAUAUUUGGAAUUCCACUGGAUGAGCUGCAGCAGGGAGGACAUCCAGACAAUGAGGUUCCGUUCAUAGUCCGCCACGUUGUGGACUAUAUUGAGGAACAUGGAGGUCUGGAGCAACAAGGGCUGUUUCAAGUCAAUGGGAACGCUGAGACAGUGGAGUGGCUUCGACAGAGAUACGACAGUGGAGAAGAGGUGGAUUUGGUUAAGGAAGCGGACGUCCCCUCAGCCAUUAGUCUCCUUAGGUUUUUCCUGCAGGAGCUCCCUGAACCUGUCAUUCCUGGCAGCUUGCAUAGUCACUUGGUGCAGCUUUCUCAAGAUUAUAAUAAUGAAGAUGAAUUUGGAAGAAAGUUGAGGUUCCUCUUGCAACAGCUUCCACCUGUUAAUUACAGUUUGUUAAAGUUUCUGUGUAGGUUUUUAGCCAAUGUAGCAUCACAUCAUGAAGAAAUUUGGUCUGCAAAUUCUUUGGCUGCUGUUUUUGGUCCAGAUGUCUUUCACAUUUACACGGAUGUGGAAGAUAUGAAAGAACAAGAAAUUGUGAGCAGGAUAAUGGCGGGACUUCUGGAAAAUUAUUAUGAGUUUUUUGAGAAUGAAGAGGAAGAUUUUUCAUCAAAUGAUCUGAGUUCAAUUACUGAGCAGGUUAAUGGGCUUUCUGAGGAAGAAGAGGAAGAUGAAAAGCUGGAACAUAUAGAAGAACUUCCAGAGGAAGGUGUAGAAAAGGCAGCUGACAUGCCAGAGGGGUUGCAGCUGAGGAUGCCUGAGAACACCCCGGAACCAGACAGUGUUACGGCGUCGGCAAGGGUUGAUGCUGCUGCUCAUACUGCUAAUUCCAGUGAUGGUAACAUAAAGUGUUCAAAGCCUGUGGCUGUUACUGCUGCAGAUAAUGAAGUCAUGCAGCAAGAUUUUAUAUUUGAGGAUCAGAAAAAUAAUGAGUCUGCAGGUGUACUGUUAGAGCCUUGUAGUGACCACGGAGACAGUGAAGAUGGCCGUCACGAGAGGAAGGAAUAUUUGUUAUGUGACAGUGAUAAAUUGCCACACUUGAUUCUGGAUUCUAGUUGCAAGAUCCAUGAUUUGAAUGCCAACACGGAGUCAGUAACAGCCGGUCAGAGUGGUGGUGUUCAAGGAGAAGCAGCAUGUGUGCAGGUCGCUCAUUUAGAUCUGAAGAAUGUUUCUGAUGGUGAUAAGUGGGAAGAGCCGUUUCCUGCAUUUAAGUCUUGGCAGGAGGACUCAGAGUCUGGAGAAGCUCAGCUGUCUCCACAGGCUGCAAGGAUGACUCACCAUCCCCUGGGAGAGGACUGUCCUCCAGUGUUAUCACAUCGUAGUUUAGAUUUUGGACAAAGCCAGCGUUUCCUCCAUGAUCCAGAAACACUGGAUUUCUCGUCCAAGGCCCUUUCCUUCACUAGAAUUCGAAGGUCAUCCUUUAGUUCAAAAGAUGAAAAGAGAGAAGACAGAACACCAUAUCAGUUGGUCAAGAAACUUCAGAAAAAAAUCAGACAAUUUGAGGAGCAAUUUGAAAGGGAAAGAAAUAGCAAGCCCUCCUACAGUGACAUCGCAGCCAAUCCGAAGGUACUGAAAUGGAUGACAGAGCUUACAAAGCUACGGAAGCAGAUUAAAGAUGCAAAACACAAAAACUCUGAUGGAGAAUUUGUACCUCAGACACGUCCUCGGAGUAACACUCUUCCAAAAAGUUUUGGCUCUUCUCUAGACCAUGAAGAUGAGGAGAAUGAAGGUGAGCCCAGAGUCAUUCAGAAAGAGAAGAAGCCGUCUAAGGAAGCCACUCUUGAACUUAUCACAAAACGAUUGAAGGAAAACCGUGCUGAGCGUCACCUUCCUGAGGAUAUCAAGAAAAUGACAAAAGAUCAUUUGAUAGAAGAGAAAACAUCUCUGCAGAAAAGCCUGCUUUACUAUGAAAGUCAACACGGAAGGCCGGUUACCAGGGAAGAAAGGCACAUUGUUAAGCCUCUCUAUGAUAGAUACAGGCUUGUAAAACAGAUGCUGACAAGAGCUAGCAUUACUCCUGUCCUUGGAUCUCCCUCCACAAAGCGCCGUGGUCAGAUGUUACAGCCAAUCAUAGAAGGAGAAACAGCACAUUUUUUUGAAGAAAUCAAGGAAGAAGAGGAAGAUGGUGUCAGUCUGUCCUCUGAGUUGAGUGACAUCUUGACAACAACCAUACACACACAGUCAUCGUUGGAAAAUUCAGAGUCUGAUGCUGAAGAAAAUCAAGAAAAACUGGCUCGGGAUCUCCGCCUAUCGAGUACUCGGGCAGCUUCUAUGCCUGAAUUACUGGAACAGCUUUGGAAAGCCAGAGCUGAGAAAAAGAAACUACGUAAAACAUUACGGGAAUUUGAAGAAGCAUUUUAUCAACAAAAUGGAAGGAAUGCCCAGAAAGAGGAUCGCGUACCAGUGCUUGAGGAAUAUAAAGAGUACAAGAAAAUUAAAGCCAAACUUAGACUUCUGGAAGUUCUUAUCAGCAAACAAGACUCUUCAAAAUCCAUAUAAAAUAUGUUCCCUGAAAAUUGGCAUCAUAAAGUCAGUUGUGUUCUUUGAAGGUUCAUCAUGUGUACUUGGCUCGCACUUGAGUUCACUCUGUCAGGCACUCAGAGAACCCAUCCCCUGUGUACUUGUCUGUGGUUCAGUAGGGAAAGGAAGGCUGCUCUCCACAUUUCCGCAGACUCUCCACACUUAGCAGAUAUGCAGAUUCCUCACUGUUUACUAUAGAUACAGCUGUUAGCAAAAGACAAGAUUUUAUUCUUUUCACUUCAAGAACUUUGGAAAUACAAAGCUUUUCUUGCUUACUAUUUUGUUUUUUCUUUUUCAUUACUGAAGAAAAUUGGGAGGAAAAUCUUCACACUGAAUUCUUCGGUUGCCUUUUUCUUACAGAGUGACUGAAAAUUUAAAAGAAAAGCCUAUAAAUGAGACAUAUGCAACUGUAUUCUGUUUUUCCUAGAAAACCAAACUGAAUUUUGAAAUCCUAGUGUGGAACACCUUCCUGUGUAAUUCCAGAGUGACACCUGCUCAGAUAGGUACUUAGCCAGAGUUUGCAAAUCCGUGGUCUCACCCGAGCGAAGAGAACGUGGGUGGACCACAGAGCAGCCUUGCCUAGUCAUUUGAAACAUUGCACACAUCCCUCAGAGCUGAACCACAUCACAUGCUGCCUACAGGACUUCAGUUACUAUCUACCAGCAAUGAUGUGACUUGUCUGGAUCAGAUCCUGCGCUGUCCCCCACCCAUCUCCAGAUAAUGUGAGAAAAUAGCCGUGCCAGUAUGGAGGGACUUGGAUGGUGCUCAGGUUUGUGUAUUUGAUCACGUGGGCCUCAGUUGGCACAAGAGUGAUUCCACCUAAGUAAAUGUGUUCUUUACAAGGGCUAUACCACUGCAGCUGUACAUGUCCAUUCUAAAGUGACCCCUCCCACCCGGCCGCUCACAGGAUGUGUGGUGGUAUGCCCCUUGUCACAGACUCUCAGCAUCUCUUUUCCUUUGGCUUUGCAUGGCUUUUCUUCAGGUACUCUGCUAAUCAUUUUUAUGGAAUAGUAACUUGUGUUAAUAAAACAGACGUGGGUCAGGCUUUAUCUGAGUGGCUCAUACCUCCCAUCCCCCGCCCCUGGUGCUCUUUUGAAUUGAUAAAUGUUUCACUUUGCCCAUGCUUUGCAUGUAAUGACUCAUGCAUGAUUUUCUUAAUAUUAAUAGUUUGUUUCAUACAAAUGGAAUUUCACAACAUCUUUAAUAAGGUGAGGAAAGCAUGAACCUCGAACUUCUGGCACUAUUACCCAGUAAGAACAUGAGGUAGCUCGCUUAUAAAUAGUGUCUCUAGUUCUUCCCAUCUCACUCGUGUGCGCAAUGCCUUUUUCGGAGGAGAGGGAAACGUCCAGCGGUAGUGAGUGUGUAGUUGGAAGAUUUUUAAAAAGCACUAAAUCCAGCCUUGUUUGUGUGGUUCCUUUUGAUAUUGCUAGGUCAUUGAUAAUGUAAUUUUAGGAAAGUAAUUAAGAAUGCCAAAAAAUGUGUCAUUUGAUUUGAGCCCAUCAUGUGGUGUACUUUUUAGUUUCUUUUGGUCUCCAGAUAGGAUUGCUACAUGUAAUUUUAUGUGCACUGUAUAUUUUUAUGAAUGUUUUAUUUUGUAUACCACAUGCAGAAAUGUCCAUGUGCACUAUUUAAAUGUUAAAUAAUAUAUUCCUUCUCUAUAAUGCUAAAUCUAUUUGAGUACAAUAUUUUUAUAAGUCUGUAGCCUGACUGGUUUCACUGAGUUCCGCUGCAUCAUGGUUUGGUCAUUAGUGGGAGUUGGGCUGAGUGGUGAGGAGACGGCACUCUAGCCGUGCUGUCGUGACUCACGGCUUAGCAGUGGUGGUAGAGCUAGGCACCUGUGAGAGUUUUACUUUGGUACAAAUAAAAAUUAUAUCUAUAUAGAAAUAUUAUAUAGAUAUAUAUAUGUUCACCAGUAUAAUAACAUUGCUGUGUUUGUUUGGCACUUCAUUGUACAGACUUUUGUAAUAAAAGGACUUUAAUGUUCCAA